GGGCGGCGGCCGCUCUUUCUCUGCAGCCGGAAGCCUUGGCCAGACCUGUAGCGUGGCGGCUCCCUGGGCGACCCCCACGGCCUUCGGGGUGGAAUGCAUAGGACUUGCUCGACUAAUCUUGAAUUGUUAGGGCCCUUCUCUGAAGGGGGGGGUAUUAUUCCAGAAUAGGGCCUCCCCCCCCAAAAAAAAAAAUCCAGUAAUGGUUGUUGCACAUUUCAGAAUGCUGAACACAAAAUGUCCAUGCUGGGUAUUAAAUUAUUAUUGUUAUGUUUCUUUAAUUGUGGAUGAUAGCAAACCCAUUGGGACAAAGAGAGACUCAGGUGCAUUAAUAAAGCCCUGACCCUUUGCUGCAUCAUUUCAUCCAUGUGGAAGGCAAGGCAGCAUGUUCUUUUAGAUAGCUGUUAAUUGUUUUGCAUGUGGGUACUAAUGGAUCUAUCCUGUGAAUAUACUGACUAGCAUGCCUGAUGUGGAAUAUAUGCACAGCUGUAUGCAGGCUGCAGCAGUUUUGCAUGUGAUUUCUAACUGUGGCAAAGAAACGUGCCUGGAUUUGUGUGAAAGGCACACCCAUCUUAUCUCUGUAAAAUGUCUCUCUGUAGAUUUCUCCAUAAUACGUGACCAAGGAAGGAGGUGGUAAGCAGUGUUCCCUCUAACAGGGAUUCCCAGAUGUUGUUGACUACAACUCCCAGCAUCCCCAGCUGCAAUAGCCUUUGGGGAUUAUGGGAAUUGUAGUCGUCAACAUCUGGGAAUCCCUGUUAGAGGGAACACUGAUGGUAAGAGCAGAUUUUCUCUUUGUGUGCAUACACCCUGGGUAUGCUGCAUCUUUUUGGUUUUACCAAAAUAUUUGAGCCUACGGGCAAGAAUGAAUUUAUAAAAAUCAGCUGAGUUCCUUUGGAGGCUGCACACCAUUGCACAUAUUCGUUUUUAACUAAAGCAAAAAUAAUUGCAAAGAUACUUACCUCUGUUGCAUUUAGGAUCCUUAUGGAGCUGGAAAACCUAACUGAGAAACCUUGGAAUUAAUAUUACUAUAAUAAUGGAAUGCUGUUUGAUCCUCUGACUUCCUUUUCUUUUCAAAAUACCUCUCUCACCCAACACAUGCUUUAUAGUUAGGGAGUAAAUGCUACAAAUGGCAUGACUGCUAAUUUUUCACCUUCAAGGUUCAUACUGGAAGAGGCUAUUCGCUUAAACUGCAGGAAGGAUCUGUGUUCACAGGGUAUUGUGGCAGUUUCUCUCUGGGCUAAGCACUCUUGGCAGUACCAAGCUCUUCAGUCAGUUACUGAAGCCAAAGUGUUCAUGCAAGUCAAACACCAAACUAGAAGCCACUGUGCAAAAACAAACAGCCAUUGUAACUCCAUUUCCAUGAACCAGAAAGAAUAAAGGUGGAAUUCAGUGCAAGGGGUUUACUAUUUUGUAUCUCAUUAGUGAGCUCAAAACUGUUGGGCACUGGGCAUCAGUUACUCCACAGUAGCCACUCUUCAGCUGUGUGGAAUACUUGUAGGGAUAAACCCAGUGCUUUGAACAAGGGUACAUGCCACGAGGUUUUCUCCUUUUGCUAUGGUUUAGUUUAGCUUUUGAAAUAUAUGAACAGAUACAAUCACAGAUCCACAUGUUUAGGCUUGGCUCACUAAAGUAAAAUAAAGUUGUGCCAUCGAGUCGGUGUCAACUCCUGGUGACCACAGAGCCAUGUGGUUUUCUUUGGUAGAAUACAGGAGGGGUUUACUGCAAUCCUUUUCCAGUGGUGGCCACCAAUCCCUUCCCAUCCCUCAGAUCCUUUUCUAGCACACACAGAGGAGAUGAAGACAGUAAGAAACAGUGGGAACCCUCUCCUGCUGCUCAGAAAGGAUUCCUGGUGCCCUACCAGAUGGCAUUUUAACUUUGGUAGAGCAGGUGUGCGUGCGUUCACAUGUCAUCCAGAUUUCUGCCAAAGUCCCUGUGAAGUGCCAGCCCUAUCCUGGAGAAGCCAGAGAGGGAACUUGAAACCACCUGCUCUUCCCAGAGUGGCUCGAUCCCCUGUGGGGAAUAUCUUACAGUGCUCACAUGUGGUUUCCCUUUCAAAUGCAACCAGGGUAGACCCUGCUUAGCUAGGGGGACAAGUCAUGCUUGCUUCCACAAAACCAGAUCUCCUGUCUUUUCUCAAUCAUGGUUUUGAGUAUCUGCGACUGGGAAAUUUUGACUGUGUCUCACCAACUGUGACCCGAGUAUCCAUGGUUCACGAGAUUUUUGUGUGUGUGUGUGAUUUGGGGUUCCCCCCCAUGGGGUGUGUGGUGGGGGCGGUGUUCAAAGGUUCAAUCCACUUAUUCAUAUUGUUGACCCUGCAGACUCCUCAUGAUUUUGUGCUGUUGAGUGAUUUCGGGGGGGGCAGUUCAAAAAAUGUCAAGAGGUUCCAUCUGCUCACUCCUCUUGCUAACUCUUGGAAAUUUUAAGGGGUUUUUGUUUUUUGCUGAUUUUCUAGUAUUUUUUUCUUUAUUCUUAGAUAUUUUCACAGUCAAGAUUCCCUUUACCCCCUGUUUCUCAUUAGUUUCCCCCAAAUUUGCCAAUUUCCAGGAAAGGAACCCACACGUUUUGUGAGGGAUGACUGUAGUUAGCAUUUGUCUGGUGCUUUUCAUGUGUUAUACUAUUGUAAUCCUUCCAACAUCCUAUAAAAAAUAGUGAGUUAAAGUUGUGCUGUUGAGUCGGUGUCAACUCCUGGUGACCACAGAGCCAUGUGGUUUUCUUUGGUAGAAUACAGGAGGGGUUUACCAUUGCCAUCUCCCGCACAGUAUGAAAUGAUGCCUUUCAGCAUCUUCCUAUAUCACUGCUGCCCGAAAUAGAUGUUUCCCAUAGUCUGGGAAACUUACCAGGGGGAUUGAACCGGCAACCUCUUGCUCCCUAAGCAACUUCCCUGCUGCGUGAGUAGUAUCCCCAUAUUGCAGAGGGGGGUGUGGCUGAGAGGAAGUGACCUACCUAGAGAGUUUAUGGCAGAAGUGAGAUUCAAAUUUGGGGCUUCCUGAUUAAUGGCUCUACUUCAGUGAGUCUCCUUGCCUCUGCUCCAGAUCUCACUACAUGGACAUGCAGGGGGAAGGAUGCAGGUACUUUGGCUAUCCCUGCACCAUGCACAGAGGAUCCCCAUUGAGUGUUGUCUAACUUAGUUGAAGUUAGAGUGACUUAUGUAUAAUCAGAGAUACCAUUAAGUGCAAUCUUGAGGUGUAGAAGCGUUUGAUUGGUAUAAUUGCUUGCCUUGUUUUUCCCCUCCAGGUGUGUGGAAGCCUUUUACAUUUACUUUCAUGCAGGCAGAGUAGAAGAGCCUUAUGUCAGUAUCACUAAGAAGAGGCAGAUGCCAAAAGGUGGGCAUUCAGAAGAAGUCGAGAAAGAAGUUGGCCAGGCAGAGGGCAAGCUGUUUACUCACAGAUCUGCGUUUAGCAGGGCAUCAGUGAUCCAAGCCUUCCUGGGCUCUGCCCCUCAGCUGACACUUCAGUUGUACAUAUGUGUCCUGCAGCAGGAGAUCACAGCAGCUAGAAGUGUCUUCAUGGCACUCUCCCUCCUGUCGAUUGUAUAUGGAGCCCUGCGAUGCAAUAUCCUGGCCAUUAAGAUUAAGUAUGAUGAUUAUGAUGUCAGUGUGAAACCGGCUGCCUACCUCUGCAUCUUUCUCUGGAGAAGCUUUGAGAUUGCUGUAAGGGUUAUAGUCCUUGUCCUCUUCAGUUCAGUCCUUCAAAUCUGGAUCCUUCCUGUGGUACUUGUGAAUUUCCUUGCCUUUUUCUUUCACCCAUGGAUUCUCUUCUGGCAAAGUAAGUGUACUCUGCCAGAAAAUAUCGAAAAGGCUUUGAGCAAAGUAGGCACCACCAUUGUUCUGUGCCUUCUCACUUUCCUGUAUGCUGGCAUUAAUAUGUUUUGCUGGUCAGCUGUGCAGUUAAAGCUAAAUGAUUCUGACUUAAUUGACAAAUCCCAGAACUGGUACAGACUAGCCUUAUAUUACAUACUGAGGUUCCUUGAGAAUGCUUUUCUCUUGUUGAUGUGGUAUAUGUACAAGACAGAUGUCUAUAUGUAUGUAUGUGCCCCGUUGCUGGUCUUGCAACUUUUGAUUGGCUAUAGCAUAGCUGUCCUUUUUAUGCUUAUAUUCUACCAGUUUUGCCACCCGUGCAAAAAACUCUUUUCAUCCAAUAUUUCAGAAGGAUUGCUGCUGUGUUUCAAGUUCUUCUGUUAUGCCUGCAAGCCACUUGCAUCCAGCACCUCUGUGGAAAAAGCAGACUUGAAAUCCCCAGAGAACAUUGAUGAUGAAGCUCAGGCCAGUUACAAAGCAAAUGAAUCCCUGAAUGGAAAUGCCCACCAAAGCGUUUCUUCCAAUGCCUAGAGAAGGCAUCUGAUGUCAAGAAGGUACCACAUGAAGCCACAGAUCACAUGGUCCCUGAAGCUCAUUUUGUUGAUGUGGUGGGUCAGGGGGCAGAACUAGUAGAAUUCUCUUCUAGGCAUAUACCCAUGCCUAGAAGAGAUCAUCACCAUUGUGAUAUCUGCAUUUUUUGUUGGUUUAUAUGACUUGAUGGUUUUGCAGAAACCAUCUCACAUCACCUCUGACUGCCCUCUGUUUAUCAUUAUAGGAGGCAUGUUUUAUAUUACAGUGAGCUACUGCAGUGCUGGCUUGAUUAUUCAGUAAGUAUGAAGACAGUUAGGAUGCCAGUCAUUGAAUAUAGAAGGCAUCCCUUCUGGACCAUAUGCUUCAUUGGGUUGUGGCUCAAGAUCAGAAGUUCAUAAAUUCUCCCCCAAAUCGAGAAAUGUGAGACAAUGACAAGGUGGCUCACUCAAUGGACUCUUUAUUAUAGGCAAGGAAUCAAAUAGAUCAGUGGACAAGAGAAGGAGCAGUGCCUCACUGGUUGACUUAUGGUGCACUUUAAGGCUGUAUACAGGCUGGGUUUUCUUCAGUGCCAAGUUUCUCUGUGCUACAACCACCCUGACUCUCGAGACUGAAACAGGAUUCCUGAAUUCAGAAUGGAAUGUGCAAAAAGGACUUCACUGCUUUUAUAAUCUUGUCCAGCCAAAUUUAUGUUCAAAGUGCCACAUUUUCUUCUCCAGAAGGCAGCUUAAAUAUGUUUUUUAGAUUUGCUUUUUAACUUUUUUUUGUUGUGUUAAUCAUGUCUGCUUCAUACAGUGCUAAAAAAGCUCUGCCAGAAGGGUACAAUGGAAAUGCCAUUUGUUAGCAGUAUUUAAGCAAGAGUUUAAUGAUUGAUGAUAUGAGCAAUGUCUUAAUAUAUGCUAUUUUAUAUAAAUAUUUCUGCUUCAUAUGUUUCCAUUAAGACAUACAUAUUAUUGAAAAAGAAAGAAAAGAUCCUUUGCUGGAACUGUUACUCUAAAGUGAAAUUCUAAAAACUGGACCCAGGAAGGUGCAGUAGAUUUGGAUGUUUGGUUUCAACAUGCAAGAUUGUGGUUCAGAUUCCGUUUCCUAUUAAAGUACACUAUGCGUA